ACACCAACCCGCCCCUUUACAACAACCCCCCAACCUACAAAGUGACUGCUGCCGAGGGUGUUUUACCAGUUAGUGCUGUAACGACUGAAUUAGACUGUACUGGAGGUGAAAUACUGAGGUGGGAAUCACUGUUAUUCGACGUUCAGCCUUUAUCUCCUCCCCGGUGUGGACUGCUUCAGUGGCGGUUGUCUAUUUGCCUGGUGUGACAUACAGCGUUACGUUAAUUCAUUCACCCACAACAACAAUGGCAGCACAGGAUUUUAAUUUUCUGCUAGCAACGGAUUCUUACAAGGUGAGUGGACCCGUCCUUCAUGCCCUUUCUCUUUCGACCCCUUCCCCUCCCUCCUCUUUUUUUAGUAAAAUAUUAAUAUCCACAUCUUAAUUUCGAUAAUGGUAUAUUUCACUAUCAAACGUUAUCGUGCACCUUAAUCGGCAUAACUGCCGCUGUACAGCUGAAAUUAACGUUAGGUGAUGCGUUUAGGGUCACAAUGUUUUGACUGCGUUACAAUCGUAUAGUAGAAACUGAAAGUAGUGCACCGACAGAACAUGAUGCCGUGUGUAUUUAACCUUGCCCUUUUGCGUGCACCCCACAGUUAGUUAUAACAGAAGAUGGGGUUAUGUAAGGUAAAGUCCACUAAGACCUAGCCGGAGACAUUUAACCAAAGUUUCAUCUAUAAAACCGAAUCUCAGGAGAGAUGACCGGGAAAAGGGGGUUGGUAUCAGUGGGCUGGUGAAGAGCUUGAGUUUCGUUGUCAGCGAAACAAAACUGUUGCUCGAUUUCGACCUUCAGUGCAGCCAGUAAGAAAAAUGAAUUUAAAGGUAGAAGCAAAAGAGUCGACGUGAAACUUUUGGUUAAAUAACAUAAUUCACCAAUUCAGAAAAACUCAGCCCAUACCAACCCUGGUAUAGAAACAUAAUCUAACGGUUUCAGACACCAGUUUUUUGUUGUUGUGGUAAAUUGUUAUGUUCUCUGCUGCCUUGGGUAUCCUAAUAAGUUGUCAUUAUAAAAACAGAAGUUGAUGAGUUUUUUUUUUAUCAUUUUGGUCUGCAAACAAAACCAUCAGUGUAAAAACUCACACAGUUCUUGUUUGAAAGUGGGGAGAGGCCUGGGGUAGGCAUGAGGAAAAGUGAUUAACGACAUCCUUGGAAACAGCUCGUCUUUAAUCACUAUCCUUGUCAAAAGAUUUCAAUGAUUGAAACAUUGAUCAGAUUUUACAUGUAUAGGGAAAAAUGAACAUGUGCCAAAAGGUCCUCACAGGAGCUUUAAAAGUGUUGUCUUUAAUAAGAGCUCCUACAGACUCCUCAGUCUCCCUUACAGCCCUGUAAAAUAAUGUUGAGAAAAAAUACGGUAAUAUAACAGUAAAUAAAACACACCCAUUAAAAGAAAGCAUAAAUAUCACCUACUCCAUUAGUGAAUGCCAAAUUAUUUGUCAUGAGACAGAUAAGCCAUAAACAGGGUCCUUAACAGGGCAAACUCUGAUAUGAAGCCAGUUUACCAUUGCCAUCCCUUAUACAGAAGACAGUAAAGUCCAGACAUAAGACAAAAAGCAGAGUAGAAAACAUUAUUUUAUUUUGGAUUUAAAGAGUAUGUAUAAUGUAUAAUGUACAUCUCUUAGUAUUGGAACUAAAUAUGGGAAACAAUAAAUGACUUUUGACGAUACUUGAAAAAAAAUGCGGUUCAUUCGCAAAGUGCAAAAACAAAUUUCCAUUAGAUGUCUUUUCUGUCUUGUCCAGGACCUAAACCCAGUUUAUCUUAUCUCGCUCAAAAGCUGUUUCAAUGACGUAAAUGACACUUUGGAUUUACUCUUGUCACUACGCUCUUGAAGGUACAGUGUGUGGGGGUGCUGAUUUAGUGGGGUGUAGUAGAACAAACUUGGUAGAAAUGGAACAUAAUAUUUACAACUACUUUUGAAUGAAUCACCUAAAUGUACAAAUAGUCAUGUUUUUGAAAACUCAGAAUGAGCAUUUUAGUAUACAUAGGAUCAGGUGCCCUUCCGUGGGGGCUGAUAUAUUGCACUAGCAUACAAUAUCACAUCAUGGUCAAACUAGUAACAAUCACCUUUUUGUAUUUACUGAGUGGCUGAACAAAAAUGUCACAGUGAAGAUAAUAGAGAAGAGAGUGUUUCACAAAGUGUUUUUAUUGAUGCACUUUUUUAAGGGUAAUAUCUUGGCAUACUAAGAAUCAUGCUUACUUCUUCACCCUGAGAGGGGGUGAGCAAGGGAGCAUUUCAGUUUGCAAUCUGACAGCUAAACAUCACCGAAUACUCUUAUUUCUACACACUGUGAUUUUGAGAAUCGAGUGUAAAAAAUAAACCUCCUUUUGUCUUUCAUUUUCGUUUUAAACCAACAACUUUAUCAAUAUUUGUAAGAACCCCAAACAUACCAACUUUAUUUCAGUAUUCUUGAUUUGGUUUCUGUAACUUCACCCUCAGAUUUUUGUGCCUUUCAUGUCCACAAAAUUUCAACGUUCCCACUUCUUUUAGGCCCAAUAUCUCUUGAAUGUAUGUUUGGCCGAAUAAAUGAUUAAUAAGACUGAUAAGGACAUGUAUUUACACCAAACUCUGAGUCCCUCACAGUUUUGGCAGUACUUAAUGUUGACUGUAAAUGUAUGCAAACAUAAAUAGCUGUUAAUGCUGACGCCAAAGGUAGUAUAACCUUGCUCCUGUGGCUCAGUCUGUAUUUUUCCUUUUACAUUUAAAGGCAGUUUGAGACUUGCCUGAUCAGGUGUGGCAACAGAAACAACAUGCACUAAAAUAAUAAACACACUUACCCUUUGUACCCAAUUGUAACAUACCCUCUGCAUGGGAAAAAUAGUAAGACAACCGUCUGAAGGUGAAAGGUUUCAGGAGUCUCCUGGGGAGAAUAUUGAUUAAGAUCUUGGAUUCAUUGACUUCAGUUUUAUGAAUCAAGAUGUCAAAUCUGAAUUGCAAGUCAUGAUGAUUCAUUACGGUAUAAUGCACAGCCUGUCAUACACUCCUAUUUUUAGUGGCUUUAUGCAAUAUGAGAACGCCUAACCUUUUUUUCAUUGUGUUUCAAGCUUUCGGUUUCAUUUCAGGAAAUACGUAACUUAAAUCCAGUUGUGAGUCAGCCCGCUGCUUGGGAAAGCUGAGUAGAGCUAAAUGUCAGAUGUCACUGUGAGAUGUCAUUCAAAGGUUCACACCGCAGCCAAAUGGCAGAGGUCUGGAUGAUCUAUUCGGCCUUUUUAUGAGCUCCAACGACCCCUAAAAACAGGUCCAAAGCAGCAGCACAGCCAAGGGGAUCCCUCCAGUGUGUCAGUCAUCACAAUCACAUAAUAGAGACUGGUUUGGUUGAUUGUGAUGAGCUCAUCUGGAAGUCCACACUGGGGUUAACAGGUUUACAGAAAACCAUAAUAUACUAAAUGUAAUUACUGUCUUUUUUCCCAGUGUAAAUUUUUUGAUCCAAACCUUAUUUUGAAAGUUUAAUGGACUUUUUUUAGCCAUGUUGUCACAGAGAAGGACACAUUCAUAGUAACAGACAUCGACAUUGUGAAAUAGAAGAUUGACAGAUAAAAGCCCAUGCCGAAACUUUUCAUAACUGAGCCCAAUUUCCCUCCUCCUCCUCCUCCUCAGGUAGCCACAUGUGAAGCAGUUAUUUGAAGCUUUGCGUCACUCUGUGGGUUCUUUCUCAUGUCAGCAUCUCUCCGACUGUGAAUCGAUUUGCAGACAUUAUUAAUGAGCACUGUAAGGAAGGGCACCAUGCCAACGUUUGGUCUGAUCAAUGACUUUAAUUACCAGUUAACGGUUUCAGAAAUUGCUCGGUUCGUUAAAUUUGUGACCUUUACCAUCUUGAAACAGGUUUGACAUCAACAGAGAAACUCUUUUAUGUUCACCCACGCCCGGUAUAUGUGGUACAUUAUUAAAAAUGUCAGAUCAGCCGCUGUGUAUUUAUGUAACUGGGACUGAUCUGGUGUAUUUCUAUACUCUGUGUAAGCCGCUUAUCAUAUAUUACACAUAUUAUUGUAUUUUAUAGUUUGAAAGUAUCGGCAUAUCGGAUAUGGGUAAAAGCAUUAUGUCCAACAUUGCGCAUCCCUAGUCCAGAGAAAUACAGCUGAGUCAGGCCUUGUCAACAUGUAGCCAGGUAUUUACUAGAACGAAUAUAUUUUUAUACGUUUUGGCCUGCCAUCCACUCAAAACCACAAAACUACGUCAUUAAAAAUGGUGCUAUUGGAAAACUCCUGUCAAAGUGAAGAUUUUGGAAGAGUCCAGUUUUGCGUUUGCAUGUGGAUAUAGAUACCCAUUUUUUUAAAUUCUUAAGUCAUUGUCUACGACAUCCAACAGAUAAACAUCGUAUACUAUGCGCCCUUGUUUAUGUCAGGCAGUGGAUGGCACAUAUACAGAAUGUAGUAUAUCUGUGCCGUAUUUUGCAGUUGGUUAUUCACACCAAAUAACUCUUCCUCAUCUUUUUGGUCCAUGGUAUGUCCCGCAACAUUUCAGUCGUUGCGAAGUUUGUGGCAACAGAAGAAGUUGCUUAGAACGCAAACAAAAAAGGCAUUCAGCGUCAUUGUCAAGGCCAGUACGAGAAUCAGAUCAGGACUGUGCUUGGUCAGAUAUUCAAUAUUGAGAAUGGGAUCAGGGGUCAGAAAAGCUGCACCGUGACGACCUUACCCUUCCUUUUACAUUUAGCAUCACCUGCAGAGCGGUGCACUUGGUUGCUAGGUAAAAUAUCACAGCUGUUUGAGGAUGCUAUAAUUUCAUGGAGCUUGAUUUUCCACCCCUUAUCACUGAUCUGCACUGAGAACCAAAUCUAUUUACAUUUUUUAUGUUCCUGUCACCCAGAGCCUAAAGUGAGCUGAGGAGGAGGAGCAGCAGUUUCCCCCUAACCUGAGAUGCCCUGUCUUUGUCCUCUCCUGACGUGCAUCACUGUCAGAUGUUUUUUUGUCUUUAUUUGUUCUUCCUCCAGGGUUUCACAGCAGUGAUAAUGCUGAUUAUGACGUUAGCUUAUCCUGAGUGUUUUGUUUUUGGCUGUGAUUCUCAGUUGCAUAACUUGUGUAAUAAUUAACCACGGAAUCCUGUGUGAACAUACAGUACCAUGAACUUUGGCUCUUAUUUUAAAGCGUCUGAGUAAUUCGCUGAGGUUUGCCAUGUCCUCGUGCCGUAUUACGUUCAGCUCUUAUUGCCUCACUACAUCCUGGAUUUGUUCUUUUUACAGCAUGCUAAUACCAAAACCUCGCUGGUAUGUGCACACCAACCAACAGCUUCUUACCCCCCCCCCCCCCCCCCCAACUCUUUUCUUACACGGUGUGUUCAGGGCCCACUUUCACUUCAAAAGGUGCAGAGAUAUUUGGAAAGAACAACGCCUCAGUACAUCACGUAUAUUACAUAAUAUCUGGCUGUAAAUGAUGUAACCAGUUAGCUAUAUCAGUGUUCCAUGGUAACCUUCUAAAAUUUGUAAACAUUGUCCCAGAAAGUCAUGAAUCAGGAACUUUGCACCUUUUAUGGUUGGUGCCUGACUAUAGACUGGAUAUAUUAUGGACAACUUGGCUCCGCCUUCGGCAUUAUACGAAUCUGAAGCCAAAAAGCUCUCAGUAUUUCUGGGAUUUUCUCCACUUCUUUGCGCAGAAGCGUUGUACACAUUUGGCGGGAGAGUCGCCGAGAGUAGCAGUGAUGAUGCUCGGGUCAAACAGCGUAUCCCCCAGGUGAGCUACGCAAUCUUUGUACGCCCAUAGACUGUAUCAAGUGUCAAUCAUAGAAAACAUGAACCCACUAAUAACUUAUAAAAACUGAGCUGUACAGAAAAAAGAGGACUUGAGCACAAACUAGUCUUACAGUAACUACAUGUCAACAUCACAACAGGAGGCAGAAAAAUUGAUAUUCUGUGUAAUAAAUUUCUAUAGUUUGUCCACAGCUCCAUAGGGAUUGCUGGAGGAGGCAGGAUUUAUGACCUAUACUUUAUGACCUACUGUGGCUUCACCCAGUGAGGAGGCAGACGGCGUCCAUUCUAUAUACAGUCUAUGUGUCUGACACAAAUAUAAUCACAGGUGACCCCAAUUAUUAUCAAAUAGGGUCAGAAAAAUCUCAAGACAGGAGUUUCAGGAAGCAGUUGUUAAAUACAGUGAAAGAAAAAAUAUCCCUAGUUUCGGUUACGUUUUCUUAUUGUUCUGGCUUUGCAGCUAAGCAUUGAUGUUAUUAUUUAUUAUCUAUUUAUUUUAAGCGUCAACGUUAAUUAAUCGAUGCCAAAUCAUCACGAUGCAUCGACACAUGGAUGAAUUGCACCCAUCUCUAAUGUCCAAAGUGUGACUGUGUGAGCGAAUGAAUAAUGUAUCCAAUGUAAAGCGCUUUGAGGGUCUCUGAUAAAGCGCCAUAUGAAAUCUGAUGCAUUAUUAUUAUUAUUAUUAAAACACCAUCACUUUUACAGCUUGCAGAGUCCUGUUUGCAGGAUAGUACAGUUUUAUCUUUUUUACAUCGUCUGAGUAACCUAUCUCCAUCCUUCGAGGUUUUCUAAACACUGGUGCAUGUGCUCUUCAUGAGGUUAUACAGAUGUUAAAUAAUCUGUGCACACCUGGCUCAUUUUUACAUGACUGACAUGAAAAGUGUUUAAAAAGUUCGACAAAGCACCGCUGAAAAAUAUCUAAUCAGUCAUAGAAGAGAGGCAGGUUUGUUGAUCCAUGCGAGUGUCGCCAUGGAUACUAAAAGAGUGGGUGGUCCUUAACAUGGCUAAGGGCACAUGAGAGUACACACUGCCAGUCCAAUGUGAAUCAGUGUGUCCUAAUCCACCUCCGUAUGCGGCCUGAGUGAUCAGAUCUCAGAUCUCACUGGCCUUCGAUUGAGGUUCACUUUUGAUCCAAUCCCCUGUGAUGAAUGUUAAUGCCAGGUAUCAACAGGGCCUGAGUGUUUGGUCUCUCCUUGAAACCUCCUCCCUUAGAAGCUUAACAUAACAAAAUCUGACUGUUGGUGUCUGUGUGUGAUGUGUUUACAAAAGUACAAGCUUGAAAAUACAAUCCAGUUUAAUGCUCUUAUUUCUUGAUGCUCGUGUCCUAACCCUGAAACUUCUUUCUCUUUUUACACCUCUCCCCGGUGAGCCAGUAUUCAUGCAUGUUUUGUUGCUUCUGAAUUUUUCCCCCUGAAGUUUGAGGAGAGAGGACUUAAAAUAGGAGGCAGGACGGGGCAGAAGAAUGUGGACUGAAUACCUCUUAAAGAUUUUUUUCUUCCAGCGACUGGCUGGUUGUUGCUGUUGAUUAUUCAAUUACUGCUACAGGAGCACAAAGAGGGGCUUGUGCGUUUAAGCUGUCAUCAUCCCUUCCCACAUGGAUCCAGGCAACAUGUUUACUGUACACACAACACAAACAUCACGUUGACACAGUCCUCUGGUUUUUCAGCUUAUCAUUAGUGCGCUUACUGUGGUUUUAUUUUAUGCUGUACAGACACAAGUGCAAAUCUGCCACGAGCAAGGAGAUUACGAAUCAAUGAAUCAACAGUUACCCCCUUAAGUGGUUAUAUCAUUCUGUGAUUGUAACAUGUUGAAACUAGAAAAGCACUCAGAGAGCGCAGACCUCCGCCAAGCAGCUCAUGUCCCCCCUUAUAUUGAGAUUCACACUAAAACGUUUACUGUUACGUGUCUUUUAUUAACUUUUAUUUGUGUUUAAACUGGUAUGUUCACUGUUCAUAAUGUUCCUAAAACAAGAAAAAUGCCCUGACUCGGAUUUGAACCCUUCUGGCUGUGAGGUGACAGUGCUAACCACUACACCACUGUGCCGCCCAUCUACACCACUGUGCCACCCAUUAGUUAUCUUUCAGCAUUGAAAAUUCCAACAACACCCUUAUAUUUGUGUGUUCUGGAUCACAGUAUCCGGAUGUUUGUCUGGAUCAGGAUCAACCUUUGACACCUCAUAAAACUCAUUGAGAUCCUUUUGUGUAAUUUUUUACUAAAGACUCUGGACAUUUUUAUUAAAUUAAGUUUUAUUGAGUUAAAUGCAGAAAUUCCAAAAUUUGCCCUAUCUCACAACGAUAAAGAAUCCUUCAAAAAAUUCCUGGAUCCAGAAGGCAAUCCCGAUCACCACCAAAAUGUAAUGGGAUCCUCCUGGGGCUGAGACGCACCUCUGGUGAAAAUUUCAGGUCAAUCUGUCUGUUACUUUCUCCAUAAAGUUGCUAACAGACAAACAAACAAACCAACAAACAAACGCUAGCAAAAACAUAACCUCCUUGGCGGAGGUAAUUAGCUCUGGUAAAUGAGUGAAAUGCUGUAAGACUUUGUACACUGACUUCUGUUUCUUGUCUUUCAGAUCACACACUACAAACAAUACCCUCCAAAUAUCAGCAAAAUCUACUCCUACUUCGAAUGCAGACGCAAGAAAGGCUCCCAGUUUAGUGAAGUGGUGUUCUUCGGUCUUCAGUAUCUGCUGAAAAAGUAUCUCACAGGUAAAUUUACACCUUUUCUCACUCCAAGAAAUGAAAUUAGGAAAGAAAAACUAAUUUGCACUUUACUGCAAAGAAAAAAAGAGAGCUUUUUAUAAAAUCUACCCCAAUCUGUUAUGAACUCCUGAAGGUGUCGCCACAUUGCCCAGGAUAUCUAUAACAGAAGUCAAGAGGAAGUCAGGGACUACUUACACAAAUGCAAAACUUCCUAGAUUUUCCUGUGUUUACCUAAAUGAGCUGCAUGUGUGAACUCAGACUCCUUAAAUUUCUAACCCCUUUUACCUGGAAUUGGUUGCAUGUUUGAAAAUGCAAGUGACUAAAUGUUUCACCCUGAUUUUGCUUAGAAUUUUUCUGGCAUAAGUCAAGAAGUCAGCGACGACUACUGAGACGACUACACAUGCAAAAAAAUCUCAGAAAGUGCCCUUUCAGGGGCUUUCCUGAAUUGAUUAGCUGCAUGUGUGAACUUGAAAUGCCAAAGUUGGUUUGAGCUCAUGAGGGAGGGUGUUCAGAAAGCUUUAGAAAAAUUCUUUGUAAAUUGGUAAUUAAUAUGAGAAAUGUGUCUUCUAACCAAAAAAUGCUUGUGAAGGAGAAAUGUAUAAAGUAAGCCCCUCCAGUCACUCAUUGUUGCAUUACUCCCUUUUAUCUUCAACCUGAUGUCUUGAAGGGAGACCCUGAAGUGCUGUAUCCACAUGCUGUGUGUGUAUCCACCUGCACCUUUUAAGCUCCAGCUUGCCACUGGCUUUCUUCUUUCCUGAUAGCCUUGGCUUUUCCGUCCUAAUGCUUCGAAAGAAGCAGAAAAUCGGUUUUCAGCUGUUCUCUGAUACGAUCAAUCUUGUUCAAUCAAUCCUGCUCCUCCAGAGUAAUCCUCAACAAAGUUAAUUAGUGAAACUUGAAUCAUACUUUUUCUUUUUGCAACCAAGUCAUCAGUAAAUGUGUCAUGUGGCUGUAUGUUGGGAAAAAAACAAACACCUAAAAAAAGAGUUCACAGCACUGACAACCAUACUAACACAAUCUAGUUCCAGCCUUUGUUGGAGCAUUUUUUUGUCAGACUGUGCAGCACUACCUGGCUAGAAUAAGGAACUCAGUGUUGAAUUGGGACCGGUGUUUAAUUAGAGUUUUACAGCACAUAACUGCACUGCCUAAACAUCCUUUUACUUAUGUGCACAUGUCGUUUGAGAUAGGGAAAAUUUUAUACUGUGAGGAGGAAGAAGUGUGAAUAAGCAACCUUGGAAAAGAUCAGACUUGGCUGGCCUGAAUUUUCUCAAGAAUUUUGUGCAUUCAUGGAAAGACCUUUGCAACUCCAUGACGGCAAACUGUAAUGAUUGUAUGGCCUACAAAAUUCAGAAAACAUACAGUGUAAUACGUUUUUUGAGGCCACAAGCCGUCCGACUUGUCAUGAUUUACUUCUGGACAAAAAAAGAGCAUGUGUCCUUAAAAUUGCAGCUGGUGGCACACUUCAACUCCAAAGUCCUCACUGCUUAAAAGUGUAAAAGGAAAAUGGCAGGCAAAUCCAGUAGCAUGAAAAACAAAACAGGCACUUUGUGGUUUUAAGGUGUCUGUCUCUUAGAUAAGUCAGUCCCUUUUCUCUAUUUUCUGCAUUCAAGUCUUGUCACAGUAACUCUGGUAACACUUUAUUUAAAGGAGUAUACAUAAGACUGAUAAUACACUGUCACAAUCUUGACACCUGUCAUUACCUUGAAUAAGGCUUAUGAAGGUUGACAUUAAGUCAUUAAUGUUGGCGACAACACCUUCCCAAACAAUGUCAAUAAAGCACCAAAUGUGCCAUAAUUUAGGGAAUGACAGGAAAGAGCUGACUUUUAAACGUGAAUGAUUGGAGCCGGCUCCCGUCAGUAAGCAGUUUUUUUUCUAUCUGCUUCAUGGAGCAGAGUGGCUCUACAAGCAAGUCAGUGCAUUCAUUAGGUGGUUUCAGAGAGUUACAAGGGUCUGUAAAUGCAAUGAAAACGAUUGGCUACAGCAGUUUACUGAUAUUAGAAAAUGUAAUUUUUACUUGUGAAUACUUCAGUACAAAGGAUGUAUUGAAUUAUUUAAGAGGUAUGUACAUAUCAUAAGUCAAACAACGCUAAAUAUGGCUGAAUCCGAAAUUGUAUAAGUGGUAAAAUGAAGAGUGGUUUAGGAGCCAAAAGAGCCCAAUGAUCUGGCUCACCAAAAAGAGCCAUAAUUCCCAUCACUAAUGACAGCCCUCAUAAACUUUCUUCAUGUUAAUGACAGGUGUCAUGUAAGGAUUAUGAAAGCGUAAAUACUGUCCAUCUUAUGUAUACCCCUUCAAAUAAUCUGCUACUGCAACUUUUGAUGUUCCCUAAAGGCCAGGUGAUCACGGAGGAGAAGAUUCAGGAAGCCAAGCUCUUCUACCAGAUGCAUUUCAAGCAGUCUGUGUUUGAUGAAGAAGGCUGGAGGAAAGUCCUGGAGGUAAGCACAUUCAUUUUCAUUCUACUGGGUGUGAAGGUAGAAUUUGUGAUCAUCUAAUCUGAAGUGAACGUGCUUGUUGCAGAAACAUGAUGGCCGACUACCCAUCCGGAUCAAAGCCGUCCCUGAGGGGAGGAUCAUACCAAGAGGAAACGUGCUCUUCACCGUGGAAAACACAGAUCCCAACUUCUUCUGGCUCACCAACUACAUUGAGGUAAAACCAGGGGUGUUUUUAAGCAUUAUGAAGCAUUAAAGGGAUAUUCCGGCGUAAAUUUAAGUUAUAGUCAAACACACUGUAAGACCAAUUUAGACACCACCUAGAGAGAUGAAUGUUGCCGACUGCUUGCUUCUCUAGUUAUACCAUCUUUAGUACGACCGCACGAUAGCAGUACACAGCGGUCUACGUUUCCAUGCGCAAACUUCAACCAAAAAGCCACUCUAUAGCCACAAAUAAUGCUCAGAACAGCACCCAACUUCAUCAACAGUACAUAGAGGUUCCCAGCCAUCAACUCAUCAGGGCUCCCCCACAAACAAGCGGCUGCUGGAGGAGAGCGGGUGAGUUGUGUUUGGUCUCUUUGCUAAAGAAAACAGGCAAAGCUAAAAAGAUGUUUGGUGGCUAGUACUAUGGCUGGGACCCUAUAUGUACUGCUGAUGAAGUUAGGUGCUGUUCUGAGCAUUAUUUGUGGCUAUAGAGUAGCUUUUUGGUUGAGGUUUGUGGAGACGUAGACCGCUGUGUUUUGUGCGGUCGUUACUGAAGUACUAAACUUAAAUUUACACCAGAAUAUCCCUUUAAGACUUGAAGAGAAAUCAGGCGUAAAGGAAAAAGGUCUUAGGAACAUAUGGUUAAUUCAGCAAUUUUAAUAUACUGUUGAACAAACAUACUGAGGUUUCAACACCGCCCACCUAGGGUAAUUGGCAGUCUCUCAUUGGUGGGGCGUAUUCUCCUCAUGGGAAGUUUUCUUUCAAAAGGAAGAAAAAGGUUUAAUUUCGAUCAGCAACAUGCAGUUUGUGCGCUGAGAUGAUUCUAGCUGCAAACGUUAUAACCAUGCUGCCAGCUAAGUGCAGCAUGUGUUGAUGAUUAUAGGGCACCUGUAACCAUACUGCCUUCAACCAAUCCACUGAGAAAGAGUUUUCAAUCCAACCAGUCAUCUGUGAGGUUUACUCACUCAGUAACACACCACUGUUUUCUUCACAUGCAUGAUUAUGACCUAUCAACAGAGAAAGGUGUAAAAGGGAAUUUUGAGAUGACCAAGGGAACUAAACUUGCAUUCAGUACAUAUGCUGUAUUUCACAACAGUGUAUUUGAUCAUUUUGUAAGGAGCCAGUAUUCAGGUUUUUGUGUGUGGUCUGCCCUCAAGUCAAGACAAGAAACAACUUUUUAGAUACCUGCUCAUCUGGAUUAAUUUUUUAUUGAUCAAUUCAAGAAAGCUGGGCAUGAUUCAACUCGUUCAAACUUUGAACUAUUUAUGCUGUAAGGUUUCUUUGUUGACUUGCAAAGUACCUGCCAUUCAAAAAAAAGUUAGUCAUUACUUUUUUCUUAAUCUUAAGAAUUACAAAAGACAAAAGUGUUGAAAAAGCAGAUUAGUCAGACGCCAUAUUCCUCAGCAGAAACUGAACUGAACAGUUCUUGCAUGCUUGUCGGUGUUUUCGUUGAGGAUUCUGUUGCACAUUUACACAAUCACUGAAAUUUGUCUUUUGAUUCAGAGACUAGAGUUGCAAAAAUGAGAGUAGCCACUCUUUUGAAUCUCCUUGACGGAUUAAAAAUGUAAAAAGCAGAAGACAUGGAUGUCCUCUUCAAAAUUUUGUGUGUGCCAUUAGAAAAGUGUAACAUAAACAGUGAGAAGAACAUUAUGUCUGUUAGCUCUGUGUAUAUAAUGAGCUUCUCCUCUCACAGUGAACUCCCUGCCUUAGCUUUCAGGUUCCUCACGAAAUCCAUUUAAAUCCAAAGCAAAGACGAAAACCUCCACUCCUCCUGUAUCGUUAUUGAUUUUAACUUUCUCCCCGCUGUCUUUUCUCCUCAUCUUCAUCCUACCUGUAAUCCCUCUUCUGCUGGCUGCAGACGAUGCUGGUCCAGAUGUGGUAUCCCAUCACAGUCGCCACCAUAUCCAGAGAGUUUAAGAAGAUUUUGGCUAAGCACCUGAAGGCCACAUCAGGGAGCCUGGAGGGCCUGGACCUGAAACUGCACGACUUUGGCUACAGAGGAGUCUCCUCUCAGGAAGUGGGUAGUGCCUUUCUCCGUUUUUAAACUUUAAUAGGAAUUCAGCACUAAGGUUAUGAAAGCAGAGCUGAUGGAGUUCCUCAGUUCACUACUGUCUUUUUUACAUUGAUGCUUCUGAUGUUUUGUUUUGGAUGUAAAAGUUUCAAACAUUAUUGAAUCACCGUCAGUCUGAUGAAUUCAUGCAACUGUUUCCACCGAAAAUCUGAGAGCAGCUGAUACUACUCUUGUGAUAUCUCUUUUGUUUUUGAGGCAGUGUUCUGCUGAUGUUAAUGAAUUAUCGUGUGAUAUUUUACUGAGAUUCUAAGGUGGAUUCCUGAGAUUUAAUGUAAGUCACAGGCAGAGUUGGGCAGGAUGAGGGCCUGAUUUGAAGACCAGGUCAGUAAGGCGAGUUGGACAUUUUCAGCAGCUUUCAAAACUUGUUUUUUUUUUUUGCUGAAGAAAAAUUAAUAUAACAGAAUACAAAACGGUAUAUGGUCACUUAUUUAGCAGAGCUACACUGACGUGCAUUAAACCAGCAGGCAGUGAUAUCAUGACAUCCACUCACUUCACAACAGCCAGUGCACAUGCCUCUAUAUGUUAUGGGCUUAUUCAUUAGCUACUGCACUGUAGUGUCUGACAGAGUGUAAAAGGCUAAGUUAAAAGGAUAUUCCACCAUAAAUUUAAGUUAUGGUCAAACACAUCGUAACACCGAGUUAGACACCCCCUCGAGAGAUGAAUCUUGGCGUCUCCGUCUGACUGCAUUUCCAUGAAGUAAUAAUCAUAAAUGUUCUUCCUUGAGCUGAGAAACUCCGCUGCACUGCGCUCAAGAAAUCAGGCAACGCUAAAAAGAUGUUUGAUGGCUAGUUCCAUGGCUGGGACCCUGUACUGUUGAUAAAGUUAGGUGCUGUUCUGAGCAUUAUUUGUAGCUAUAGAGUGGUUUUUGGAGACAUAGACCACUGUGUAUUGCUAUCAUGUGGACGUUGCUGACGUUUGUUUAACUAGAGAAGCAAGCAGUCGGCAACAUUCAUCUCUCGAGGGGGUGUCUAACUCGUUGUCCAAGUGUUUUGACCAUAACUUUACGCCGGAAUAUCCCUUUAACCACUGCUGCUCACUCUGUCUCUCUCUGUCACUUGAACACGUCAACUUCCAUCAGUACUGCGCACAUGCAGCUCUCGACACAGACAGGAAUGAAAUGAGAUGGCUAUUUUUGGGGUCAUACUUCAUGUGCUGGUUAUUUUGCCAUGCGCUGCGGAUCAAACUCGCAACUAGGAUUAUGGCCCAUGUCCGCACACAGCCUAAACUGCUCAGUGAACAGUGGCCACAAUACUGCCAACUUGGUACAACAACUAAAAGCUAAACAUGCAACAAAAUUUACAAAAGCUCCAGGGGAAGGCUGCUGCACUGAAGAAACUAACUCGACACAGACAGGAAUGAAAUGAGAUGGCUAUUUUUGGGGUCAUACUUCAUGUCUGUGGUAGUAUUCAUGUUUUUGCCAUCUCUUGGGUGUUCUGUCCUGCUAUCUCAACUCUCCAGACAUUAUGGCCCAUGUCCGCACACAGCCUAAACUGCUCAGUGAACAGUGGCCAUGUCUGCUGUUAGCUAAAAAUGCAACAAAAUUUACAAAAGCUCCAGGGGAAGGCUGCUGCACUGAAGAAACUAACUGUGAUAGAAGAUAGAAUAAAGUUCACAGUAAUGACAGCAGGAAUAAGCUAAAUUGAAUAAACUGAAGACAUCUUUUAGAUCAUUUCUUUGCCGGUCUUGUUAAAACUAACAGUGUGCAGCUUCAUUAUCAGGCGUGUAAAAGUAUCAGAUCUGAACUUGGUAUCAGGAGAGGAUCCUCAAUAUUUUUCAGUUCCAAAAAGGCUCAACAGGAAAAAUAUUCUCUGCGCUUUUGCACCGUGGGCUGGAGAGAAACGUCUUUUUCGAUUCCUGUGUUUGUUCUCACAUAUGACAGAAACUGAAAAUAAAAAGCUUGAAUCCAAACCUGAAGGGUGGAAACCUGAAAGACAAUGACUUCACUAUCUUUUAUAAGAUGGUGAAAUCAUUGUCUCACAUGUAGGUGAUUUCUAAACAAGUCAACAUAACAAACCACAAUUUAAUAAAAAUGGAUUUUGAAACUCGGACAAGUUGUUUCUUGUUUCAGGGCAACAGUUCAUACUUUUGGUCAUAUUUCAAACAUGGAUGAAGUUUCUGGCAUCAUUCAAACUUUGUUUAUGCUGUCACAGGAAUAUUACAGCAAUUUGGAUGAUGUGUGGCUUGAAAUGUUUGCGUAGAUGACUUUAAUUUUAUCCAGAUUGGUCUGAAUAGCUGUGUAAAGUGAUGCAAUUCAUUAAUGUCUCUUACAGCUCUGAUUCCUUCAAAAAGAUUUGUCAUAAAUCUGACUUUGUAGAAGGACUGAUAUAAACAUAUUUAAAGAAUGGCGGGUUGUAAAUGGUAGUGUACAGUGAAAGACUGUUUCUUUCUCUGCAGCAGAGUUUCAGUGCAGAAAGAAACACAUCUCUAACACUCAUUCAUCAGGCUGAACAGAAAGCAGUGAAUCAUGUUUUUGUCGCUGACAGAAUCACUCGCUCCUCUCACUUGUAACUGAACGCCUCAUUAUCAGCUCAGCUCUGAUGGCUGUCAGAGGAAGCCAAAUGUUUUAAUUAUUAGUAAAAAAAAAAAAACUGUUCACAAAAUGUUUGCUAACAGCAUGUCCUGACAGAUAAUGAAAAUCACUGUAUUGAAAACAGUUUUAUGAGUCAGCUGUGAGGCAAAGAAAGUCAUGCCAGACGAAGGUUCAGUCACAGCAAAACAAAAUCGUUUUCUCUGACCUAGUGGGAAUGUCACCAACAGUCAUUUUCUCUGAUGACUGUGAUUAUAUGUUGUGUGAUAAAAGUUGUCCCCCUUUUGUCAGAAUAUAUCUUGUUUUGUUUUUUUCCACAAGAAUCCACAAAACUGGGCAUAACAGUGCCAGAUUCUGGAUUGAGUAACAUUAUUAAUCAUGUCUGUUCUUUUUUUUUUUUUUAUUUGGACCCAGAGAAAAUGUUUGUAAACUCAUGGUUUCCUCUUUUUGCUCCACAGUCUGCAGCUUUAGGAGGAGCAGCUCACCUGGUUAAUUUCUGCAGUACAGACACAGUAGCCGGGCUGCUGAUGGCUCAGAGGUACUACGGCUGCCCGAUGGCUGGCUUCUCCAUCCCAGCAGCAGAACACAGGUACAACAAACCCUAAUCAUGCAGACCUAACAAUGCAACCAUACAGUUAGCCCACACUUUGAUAUGGCUGCAGGUUCAGUACAGUUCUUACAGUACAGACAGUCUUAGGGAUUUGUUGUUGUUUUAUUCUUAGACCGAUUUUUUAAAUUGUUAAAAUUAAAAAUCUCUUUGGUAAAUAUCCUCGCCAAGAUUUACAGCAGUGCAUUCAAACAAAGUCACUGACAUGCAAACACAUAACAACAAAACACGUCAUUAUUUUCUUAAGCACACAGCAGAAAGUCAUUCAAAGCAUCUACAGCUUCAUGCAUCUUCUUUUGACGCCUUCAAGCUGCUUAGAAAAUCUCUCUUUGAUUUACAUGUUGCAAGUUUACUAUUUCUUUUAAGAAAAAAAAGUUUUAUACAAGACUGAAAAAAAAAACAGAUUUAUAUAAUAUAUAUUUUUACCCUGUUCAGUAUUGAUUUUAACAACCCUGGAGAUGAUCCUUCCUUACGAACUGGCCAUCAGCCAAACAGCUACUCACGUAACUACGCCGCUCCUUUUUCUAUUGUUGAUUUGAAUAGGUCUCAUUAAAAGUUUUGGCCUACUUUUCCUUGUCUAUGUAAGGAGCACUGGCCUCUGUUCAUACAAGCACAAGUGGUUAUUAAAAAAAAGCCUCAAGGCAAAUUUUCUGUAUGUAUUCUGUCUUCAUUCAGAUCCAGACAUGUUUUCCCACCUUAUAUCUGUUUUAGAUCUAUUUUGUAGAAAAUAUUAUUCCAGCUGAAGAUCCAAACUGCCCACGAAGACCACUGUUUUCCAUUUCCUGAAACCAGCAUUGCGCAGUAACGUUGUACGCAUUCGGCGGGAGAGUCGCUGUGAUGACGCUCGGCUCAAAUAGCGUAUCCCCCCGGGUGAGCUACGCAAUCCCUGAACGCCCGUAGGCUGUAUCAGGUGUCAAUCAAAGAAAGCAUGAACCCCCUAAUAACUUUUAAAAACAGAGCUUCACAGAAAAAAGAGGACUUGAGCACAAACCAGUCUUACAAUAACUACAUGUCAAUAUCACAAGCAGGGGGGAGAAAAAUUUAUGUUCUGUGUCAUAAAUUUCUAAAGUUUGUCCACAACCCCAUAGGGAUUGCUGGCAGAGGCGGGAUUUAUGACCUAUACUGCAGUCGGUCAACAGAGGGUGCUAUUCUCGGAGUGGCUUCACCCAGCAAGGAGGCAGACUCUGUCCAUUCUAUAUACAGUCUAUGGACUAAACACCAACAAUAAGACGACUGUCAUGUCACAUAUAUUAAGCAUGUGGUGAUAGGAUAUUAACUUGUGGAGAGGAGAUUCCUCAGCCCAGAGCAUGGGUUUAAAGGCACAAACAGAGCUGAUUCAGGAAGAAAUAUAAUGCAUGGAAGCUAGUGACGGCAAAACUGGAACAUCAAAAUGCAGUUCAUAUGCGCAUAAUGAUUCACGGAUGCGUUACCAAAUGGUUCAGUAUUGUACUUAGAAUUAUGGCAUCCCACUACAGUUGAAAUAUGGAAUACAGUAGUUAAAAGGUAUAAAUUGGAGAGGGAGACAGGGAUGUUGACAGUGAUUGACAGUGGUUUUAAGCAAUGGACAAACAAGGGAAUCACAGCAAUAUGCACAAUAGUUGAACGGGGUAAACUGCAGAGUUUUGAGAAGACAAAUUUAGAUUAGAUGAAAACGAACGAGAUCGUUACUUACAACUAAGGGACUAUUUCGAGAAGGAGCUCAAAGCUGACACUGAUAAUGGAAUUGUUGGGGUACUUCAGAGAGCCUAUUAGCAGAAAAAAUGUAGAGUAAUCUCAACUUUUUGUAAAAGCUUGACAUCAUGCAGGGACUCUUCCUCACUACGGAUUAUAGAAGAAUGGGGGAAAAAGAGAUGAAGGAACAAAUACCAGAAGAAGAAGAAUGGUUCAAUAUGUGUAAAUUGCAGUGCGCCCACCGCCACCAGCCCCAGAGUUUGGAGAGAGUUUAAUUGGAAAAAUAUUGUCUGAUUUUUUUUUAUAACUCGAAAGAUUAGGAAAGGAUUAGUAUCUACACAACAACCGUGCUGGAGAACAUUUGGACACAUUGAUGUAGAUCUCACACACACACACACACACACACAUUCUGGUCUUGCUAAAAAUGAGAAAGGGUAUUGGUAUGAAAUAUGGUAAAGUAUGCAUAAUAGGAUAUCAGAUACCUAGAACAUGUAAGACAUUGUAUUUGGGAAAUCUGACACACAAUAUUAUACAAAGAAAAGAUGAUUAUCUCGUUAAACUACUAUUAUCGGCAAGUCAAAAAGCAAUUACCAGAUCGUGGUAUAAUGAAGAACCACCUACUGGGGAGCCGUGGGUGUGUACUGUUGAAUAUAUGUAAUGGAGAAACUCACACACAAAUUAAGAUUACAGGAAAUACAAUUUGUAGCAAAGUUGGAAAAAUAAACUGAUUUCAGGAGGUUAGAAGAGGACACCGCCGCCUUCAUUAGACUACAAAGACACUGAUAUAAGGACAUUUGAUAAAUUAUGUAAAUAAGUUUCGCCCUGACACUUUAACUGUUCAAAAAAAUAAAAUAAAUAAAAAAAAUAAGUUAAAAAAAAAAGAACUGUGGCAUCCCAAGCACUCACACAUCUCUGAGUCCUUUUUAGCUUUGAAACAGAGAAGUGUCACCAGCCUGCAUAGUUGUGUUGUUGGUGAAUAAUGGGGUAAAUGCAGCACCACCAGAGGUUUUAUCCUUGCAUGUCAGAAGCUGCAUCAAAACAAGUUUUUCCUCUUUUUUUUUUUGUCAUGUAGCACCAUUAUCUCCUGGGGGAGGAGCAGGGAGAAGGAGGCCUUUGAGCGAAUCCUGGAGCAAUUUACCUCAGGGCCGGUGUCGGUGGUUAGCGACAGCUACGACAUCUUUAACGCCUGUAAACACAUCUGGGGAAACAAGCUGAAGGAGCGAGUCAUGGAGCGCAGCCAGGACUCGUGUCUGGUCAUCAGGCCAGACUCUGGAGACCCUGCAGAGACUCUUAUUGAGGUGAAUAACAGGGCAGGAUUAGGCUGGAUCCAGCUGUUUGUAAUGGGGGCAUUUAUUUAUUUUCAUCAGUUAGUUCUUGAUUUGGAAACUUUUAUAUGUUCAGAAUCAGAAGAGAAGGCUGUCUGUAUCCUUACAGUUAGUAAUUUUAAUUCCCAUAUUGGUUACCACUUGUGCUUUAGGUCACUUAUUUUUUAUCUUUGUAUUAAUUCAGUUAAAUUUGAGACUUUUUAUGAUGGUUGUCAUCUAUAAUGCUUUUAAAAUCAGUACAGUAUAGACCUUACAUUCACACCUGCUGCUAGGUGAAAUGUACCCCACAGAAAAUGCCUUUCCCUGCAGUUGUUCACCAAAGUGUUUUUAAGAUCUUGUUUUGAUUUCAAGAUCCUUUGAACCCAAUUGUCUUAUUUUGGAGAGAUCUGGACAUGAAACCACACUGGUAACAUUUAAAAAAAAGCCAGUCAGUAUAUUUGCCUUUACAUUCAAAUUAGUGUCACUGCCAGGAGUGUGUGAGGCUGCGUAGACUUUUUAAAGUCUCUGUCCAGAGAAAGUAAACAAGAUUUUUGAAACUGAAUGAGAAACUGGUUUCAUCUUCAGUUAAAAAUCAUCAAGUUUGAAAAUCACACACAUGCACACACCCACACUCACACCAGCCUUAACCGGUUCGUGGCUCCAAGUAUAAAUCAGAAAAAUUUCAUUGGUACUUGCAGGUUAUCAAGAUUUUGGAAGAGUGUUUUGGCUGCUCUCUGAACUCUAUGGGAUACAAGGUGCUGCCAUCUUACCUGCGGAUCAUUCAGGGAGACGGCAUCGACCUCCGAUCAGUGGAUGAGGUAAGAAAAUAUUUGACUGUACAAAUUCUGGGUUAAACUUUACUUUUUAAAACAACAUCCUAUUUAACACUAUUGUUUUUGUGUUACUCUGCUGGAGAUUAAAUUUCUGUCCCAAAAACAACAACAACAUGAAUAUCUAUAAACUAUCACAUAUAAACUAUUACUAGCUUGCUGGUCAUGCUAAAUAACAACAGAUUUGUAAACAUUCAUAAGAUGCCUGUGAUUUCUGUGAAACAAUUCCUGAGAUUGAAUUUUCUGCAGCCUCUGUGAUAUUUCUGUAGGACUUCUUACCUGAUCCCUGAUACUUGGCAGUAUUGCAGUUUUGCUUUCCCACAGCUUUACAGUCCAUGAGGAGAAACUUAUUUCUAUUUUCAAACAAAGAGUGAAGAGACUUAGUUGACCUGUGGCUUAAAGUGAGGGAAAUGUAACUGUUCAAGUUUCUCUAGAGGAUGAUAAUGCAAAUAUACCUGAGUAAAAUGAUAACACAAACUAUAACAACAUGAAUAUGGUUGCAAUUUUAUUGUAAAGAGCAUUAAAACUACAUGUACUUGUGGCUUUUUUCUGCUGUAAUCCCCUUUGAUAGCAGAGUUUUCGACCUCUUACUGAAAAAUAUCUUGAGUUUGUUUCUUUUUAGCCCUCACUCCCCGUAUGGAUUUAUUCUUUGGCUUUUCAGAGCUCUGAGACUCAUAAAUUAUACACUUAAAUCCUAUUACAAACGGUGCUAGAGAUCAGAGCUUAUGAUCCUGCGAUAAUGUGUAACAUAAAUCGUCGUUUUCUUUGUUUUCACAGAUUCUGGAGAAGCUGAGCGAUGAAGGUUGGAGCGCUGAGAACGUCUUCUUCGGUUGUGGCAGCGCUUUGCUUCAGAAACUCAACAGAGACACACUCAGCUGUGCCUUCAAAUGCAGCUACGUGGAGAAUAAUGGCAAAGGGGUGAGUGGAGGGUCAAUGACUUCAUCUGGAUACAACAACAGAUCUUUUUCAGGCAGAUUUUCAACUUCAUUUUACCUGCUUUUUUAUUCGAAACACAUUAUUGUUUGACAUAAGUAUGACCUGCUGAAAUUUUGUGAAAUAAUCAACCAAAUCCUUCAUAAAUUUAGUACACAUGUUAAGUCAUUAAUGCAAAAUAAGAGAAUCAUUGAUCAAACAGCCUGAACAGAAAAUACUGAGAGGACCGGAGUUACUUUCUGGACAACACAUACAACUCGCUCUUACACUGAGGGCCUUUGAACACGUUUAUAAGCAGCUGAUAGAUUUACUUGGUGUCUUAUGUCUAGUUUUUUUGUUUGUGUUUUUUCAGAUGGACGUGUACAAGCAGCCGGUGACCGACCCUUCCAAGGGGUCCAAGAGGGGCCGGUUGUCCCUGAGGAGAAACUCUGAUGGCUUCUUAGAGACAGUGGAGAGAGGGGCAGGAAAGCCUGAGGAGGUAAGAACCUGCUUUUAAAAAGUCAGUAGUAUGCUAGUAAGUAUAAAUUAUCACUAUUUUCACUUUUUACAAACUUCACUGGGUGUGAGAAAGCAGAGAACCAAAAUCCCAACGACACCUUUGGUGCAACAGUAAGCCCCUUCAUCAUAUUCUGCCCCCUCACUCUUACUCAGUUAAAUCUCUUCUAACCACUCAUCCAGUCAACAAUACCCAGUUUAAGUCCCACUCUGAUUGUUUUUCUUUUUUUUUACUACUUAAAGUGUUCUCAGUGGUCUUUCAAUCGUGAUUAUGAAGUUUUAAGCCAAAAUCCUGUUACCUGUGUCUUUUCUUCUGCAGAGCUCCAGUAGCUUAUUAGCAAUUCGCCUCCGAGUUGUGGGCAGAGACAGCGCUGCUCUGCACACUUCUCUUCACACUAGCUUGUAGGCUAACAUUGCCGGUGUAGUAGAAGUGGCAGGUAACAUAGGAGCUUCAGCUCUCGGACACUCAUGCCUUUAGGGACAUGAUGAAAGUUAAUUUCAUAAUUAGCUUACUUACGAAUAUUGUAACGCGCUACCGUACACACCUGUUCCGCGAUCAUCCUCUACUUCUAGGAAUCUGGCGGCUAGAGCAGGCUUAGAGACGAAGCUUGCAGUUAUGAUGUAGGAAAUCCCAACAUGCUAAAAAUCUGUCCACCUAUUGUGUUUUCUGUAUUGUCCUUAUAUCCUCUUACAUAACUGAUCUGAGUUCGCUCUGUUGUCUAGGACCUGCUGGUGACUGUGUUUGAGAACGGCAGUCUGGUGAAGGACUACUCCCUGGAGGAGAUCAGGAAGAACGCUCGGCUGAGGGACGAGGAGAUGAACCUCACGAUGCACAACCAUGAACCGGAGCUGCUGCACAACCACAUCAUCAAUGGCGUUCAUUAGACCGAUCACAAAAUCUCUCACAAUACUAACGAAACAGCUGAACGGGAACGGAAACUGUUUGCCGUCGCAGUCCCCACCAGGCACCACCAUCCAUAUGUCAACCAGAGGAGGCUAGAGAUCAGAUUCAGCCGACACACUGUCAUCACAAGCUCAGUGGCUCAGGGUCUAUUAUGAUAAGCUAAGAAGGAUUUAAAGCUUCUGUAAACCUUAGACUUUCUAUUGAACUGCUACAAAAUUAGUUUCUAUGUAAAGACAGCUAUUAACGUACAACAGCGGUGUAAAGUUAGACCAAAAAUAAUAGAAACUUAGAUUUAUUUUUUUAGUGCCUCAAUUAUAAGACAGCACAUGCAUUUACUGCAGACGAAUACAAGUAGUAACAGUGUUACCAGUUUUAGUAUUAGUGUUACAUCAUCAGGUAUGGGUUACAUGUAGUGUUUCGUAGUGUUUAAUUCAAGUCAAAUAUAAAGAGCCCUUUUUGAAUCCUCUUUAGUUUGUUCAGUACUUGAAAGAAAUAAUGAAAACAUCACAACAGUACCAGCAGUGCAAAAAUAAAGUCUGUUGUGCUGCUCUGCUGCAGUUUUCAUAAUUAAUCCAGACAGCGCACACUAACAGACCCCAAAUGGUUCAGUGUUAACCUCACAAUAUAAUAAAACUUUGGGCUCUCAGCACAUUUUUCUGAGGUUAGUGAUUAAUAUGUGAUAGAUCCGUAAAAUGACAGUGACUGUGCCGCUCUCUGUAGACCAAAUGGAUGGAAGUAGAAACAUGUUUUUGCUUGUUCUCCAUUGAAAGAGUGACAGAAGCAGCUGGAAUGAAAGCUCCACGUAUUGCAACUCCAAUAGUUGUUGUAUGUGUAAAUCUGUUAGGGCCUUUGUCCACUCAUGCUUUUAUUUUAUGCAAGUUUUGAUUUAAAUCUCAUAUAAAAUGAACACUAUGUGUAUCGAACAUCAUUUUAUAAUAACAUUAUGUUACAAACAUAAUGUAAGUAUGUAGUGUAGAUCAACACAUGAGUAUAUUACAACAUAUAAUCCACAGUAACAACUUUUCUUAAAAAUGAUAAGUCAUACUCUGUGUUUGUGUUGUAGGCAGAUAUUCAGUUUUUGUGCAACCUAACACCAGCCCAAACUCAGUGGAAUUUUCCUUAGUUGUGACAGUUUGUUGUCGGAUCAGUUCUUCUCCACACUGUGGUGCUGCUAUAUUGAUAUGCAGUGAAGGCACAUUGCACUACAUUGUCAUGUUCGUGUAUCCUCUGUCACCAUCAGUUUUAGAAGUUAGCACAAAUUGUGUUUAUGCAGAAACAAUGCCUUAGUUUUCAUUUAUUUAAAGAAGUUUAAAUUUUAUAAGUGAAGAAUCCCAACACGUGCAUCAGGAUAAAUUCAAAGCUUACAAUAAACGUAGAGCAUGUGAUUUAAAUUCUGUAAUAAUAAACACACUAACAAAUGUGUUGAUAUCCGUUCAGUUGACAAACUCUAUGUUAUUUCAGUCAUUUCAACUGUGUAAUUUUUGGUACUGAAUCCAAAAUUAGGCAAAAAGCAACUAGAGAGUAUUAUAAAAACUGAUUUUUGUCAUUCAUUUUCUUUGCAGUCUGAUGCACUCUUAAUUUUGUAAAAACCUGCAAAGACAAAAAGGCAGGAAAAAGACUCACUUAAAGCUCCUGUGAGGAGGUUUGUGCUGAUUGUGAGAGAAGUUAUAAUUUAUAUGGAUGAAACAAUAACAAAAUGUCACGAUACAAAAAUAUUGGUCCAUGGUAUUGUGACACUUUAAAAAAGAGUUAGAAAGUCUUGUAAAAAAAAAAAAAACAUUUAGCUUUUUAAGUCCUCCCAAUUAUGAGGAGCUGCUCUCUGUGUAACUUCAGCUUUUCUCUGCCUGUUGAGUAAUGGCAGUUUCUACUUAGCGUCUUUACGAAGCUUCGUUGUUUGGCAGAAGAUGGUCUUGCGGCUCUACAUUCAGCACGAGAUUGUCUGAUUUCUUGAGUUGUCACUGUUAUGGAGAAGUGAGGCUGAAAACAUUUCCUUCAGAGUCUUUAACGGCGGCUGGAUUUACGAAGCAGCUUCUCAUAUUAAUCAUUUUCACAGUCAUAAAGGCCGGUGUUGGAGGCAGGUGUUGGCUGAGGUGAUAAACAGAAACCAAUAAUUUUGUUUUUCUUUGACCUUAUCCAAUAGCAAUAUUCUGAAAAAGGUGAUAUACUGUAUGUGAUUUCAAAAUAGAGAGGGAUUUUAGAUUGAACCAUUAAAUGUCAUUUGUACACAUAUAAGACUCAGUACAAAAAAAAGAGAGAGAUGCUGCUUUGACUGCAGGGGGCGCCAAAUUUUACACAAAGUGAAAGUUACUCACAGGAGCUUUAAUUUGUUGUAUUUUUACUGCCAAAAACCUAACUGUUUUAGCUAAAAAAAGUAUUUUCUUCUGUUUGUGACUGAAAUUGGAUAGAUAGAUAGAUAGAUAGAUAGAUAGAUAGAUAGAUAGAUAGAUAGAUAGAUAGAUAGAUAGAUAGAUAGAUAGAUAGAUAGAACUAAAACAUUAGGGUGAUUUAUAUGGUUGAAGGUUAGAAUUUUGUAUCUUAAUGCACAAACUUUUCCUCAACCCGCCUUCUCUGCUUCAGCUUGAAGUAUUUAAUUUCCCUGGAUGCCUUUUAACAACCUCUACACCUCUAUUAAAACUGAUGUAGCGCAUGUGAAUGGCUAACCUGAACACCAACAUUAUUAUAAUGUGUAAGAUUAUCAGAUUUAUUUGUUUUGUUUUUGGUAAUUCAGUGAUACAGAUACAUGGUGCUGAAUCAACAGCAAUAUACCAGUUCAUUUUGUCAUAGAUAAUGUAUGAUGAAAACACCAGGCUGUUGUUUUGAGCGUUUAAAUCAUCGGUAAAGACUGAUUUUAAGAAAAAGACAUGCAUACUGCAUUGUGUUUUUAUGCACUGCCUCUGCAGCUUGUUUCAGGCUCUUUGGUUGAGCCUCAGUCUGGAUCCUUUAUAAAUGUUUUGAUGCUCCUGUAUGAUGCUAACAUGUUCAUUAAGAAUUUCAUUGAAGUGUGCUUCCUGUUUGAUGGUGAGAGAUAAAGUACUGACACAGUUUGUCACCGACACUAACUCCACAUAGUCUGGGUCCUGUGCAGUACUGGCACUAAUCUUGUAUGUAAGUAUAUUUUGUAAAUAUUAUUUUGAAAUUGAUUUGCUUUUAACCGCUCUGUAUCUUUUAAAUGUUCUAUAACUCUGAUUUUGUUUGUUUUCAAAAACAGACCUUUUGUAAGAUUAAAAGAUACCUUUAACCCUUUCAAA